GUAUACGUGUUUCACACGGACCUAUUUAAGCGUGCACCCAAUGUUUUUGCAGAGCGACAUAACUUGAUGAACUUCAUAACAUUGCGUUUAUUAAUACCGUUUAGCAAAAGUAAAAAUAUUUGAAGCCGUGCAGACACAUUACAGCCAGGUCUGACCUUUGAGGGAAGAUGAUUUAUCUACAUCCUCUUUCAUGGCUUCAACCUGGGAUUAAGAUGUGCACUUUCCCACAACACAGAAUUCACAAGUUGGCAUCACUGCAAGAGGCAAGAGUUCGAUACCCAAACAAAGUGAAAAGCUUACUUUACCCUUUUACAGAUGUAGAGACUUACCUGGACAGCUCUGUGGAUAGGACACAAUUUCAGCUCUUCCAUCCCUGCAUGAAUGAUCUUCUUAAAGCUGAAAAGCUCUUCUGUUCCUCACCGUCCCAUAAGAUUGAUUAUUAUGUGUCAGCAGAGAGGAUGGACCACUCACCUGCACUGAAACAACCCGAGGUGUGUUUCAUUGGCCGAAGCAAUGUGGGAAAGUCAUCUCUUGUUAAAUGUCUGUUUUCUCUGAGUCCAAAUGUGGAAGUCAGAAUCUCCAAAACACCUGGUCACACAAAAAAGAUGAACUUCUUUAAAGUGGGCAGGGCUUUCACCAUUGUGGACAUGCCAGGUUAUGGAUACAAAGCACCCAGAGAUUUUGUGGAAAUGGUUGAACCUUAUCUCUACUCGAGGAAGACUCUCGUCCGGACAUUUAUACUGGUGGAUGGCAGUGUUGGACUGCAAAAGACUGAUCACAUUGCCCUAGAAAUGUGUGAGGAGACUGGAUCUCCUUAUGUGAUGGUGGUGACGAAGAUUGAUAAAUGUAGUCGUGGUUCACUACUGACAAACCUAUUGAAAUUUCAAGAUGUUAUUAAAACACAGACAUCUAGUUGCUUCCCCCAGCCGUUUUUGGUCAGCUCCCUCCAGUUUUCAGGGAUCUACCUCCUGAGAUGCUUUAUUGCUCAUAUUACGGGAAAUCUACAGCUAAAGGACACCUCUCAAAGUUGAUUUGUGUUAAAAGAAGGUAUUAAAGGUCAUGUGUCGCAGUUUUCUCAGAGAUGUCUCAGAAGUUUUUUUCUUUCACUGUCUCUCAGGGAGAGUCUUACAUUAACGUUAUAGAUGUGAAGCGUUAGAGAUCUUGAAAGAAAACUUUUUUGACUGCUGUUAGGUUUAACCCCUCACACUCUAAAGCUGUCUUAUAGACAAGUUUCCGGAGCCAAUCAAUCGGCGCCAUCUUGGAAAAUUUCUGCGCUGAACUUCUGGUUUAGACAGAACAACAUGAAGUGCGAUUGACGUAAGCAUUGUGUUGACAAAGUUAAAACUGCAAAAUUAAACCAGAGGAACUCACGGAAUCUCCAAAAAUGGCUACAUGGAAAAACCUGGUCUUUGUGGUGGCACGGGCUUGAUUCCACAUCUGCCUUCAUGAACAUGUUGUUCUCCCAUGUCGUGAUGAUGGAUGAUGGCAGAUGGAAGUGGUAUUUCCAAAUUGUCUUUUUGAGGGAUUUUGAUGAGUAAUGUUACUCCAGCUUCACUUUUGUUUCGAAUGGAAAAAGUGUAAAACGGAAGGCGUGAGCAGAAAUGCCAAAGUAAAGCAGAAGCACCUCGGAAACUUGUCUACUGACUUGUCUAUUCUCCUGUCAAUAUAUAUUGCACAUUAUCAAUAUUUUCUCAUAUCAUCAGCUCAUAUCAGGCAUUGAAUCUAAAAUCAAACUUUUUAAAAGCUCAAAGUAGCCUUGCUGAAACAGUUAAGGCAAAUGCGUCAUGGGAAUGUCUGUAUUUGAAUUGCAAAUAUAUGGAAAAUGUUUUUAAAACUGAAUUGGUUGAUUGUGCUGCUUGUCUACGCAUAAAAUACAAGAAACAUUGAACGUGCGGAGUGUUUAAAGUUGGGGAAAUAAAAGUCAAGAUUAGUAGUUAACUACGGUCAUAACUUUUAUAGAAAGUAGUGUUAAAGGGUCAAGGUCAUAUGAUAAAUCUUUCAUAGUGCCAUUGCUCUCGCUCAUAAAAGGCAAUGGGCUUGUUUCUUUCAAACAUUACGAAGGAAAAAUAAAGUAUUAUCUCGAGUCUGAUCAUGACACCCAUUUUAAUAGUCGCAGGACACGGAUUCUUAAAAUUGAAAGCAUCCCUAAUGAGGAACAAGUAGAGAGGAAAGAUAAAAGGUGGCGAAGAUAAAGAUUAGAUAAGGCACGCUACCUACAGCUGGUAUUUUAUUAUUCGCGUUGUCAUGCAAUGCAGAGAAAUUGUGAAUUUUAUGAGUGUUCCUAGUGAGUGAAUCAGAGCUUAAAUUUUUUAUGCUCUUUUUUUGUGCAAUGAUGAUAAAGGAAAUCUAUCUAGGAAACAUACAAUAGAUUACAAUGCUUCCCCAAGUAGAUAUUACUUUUAUUACUCUCAUCAUGACUCACCUCAACAACAUAGCUAGUUAAAAAAAGACCGUCAUAUCAAAAAUGCAUUUGUCUGCUAAAAUGUGGUAUGUUCAAUGUAUAGUAUAUGUAUAGCAUGCUCUAGCUAUAAAUUGAAAAUUGUCUUCGCUAAGUAGGCUUCAAAAUGGGGGAAAAAAUAAGGUUUCCCCGUCACAUCUCAUACGAUUACUGACCUCAAACCACAGCUUGCUCAUGAGCAGUGUUGUUAAUCUUACUUCAAAAAAGUAAUUAAUUACAGUUACAAAUGACUUCUCCCGAAAAGUAAUUGCGUUAGUAACUCAGUUAACGGAAUGUAAGAGUAAUUAGUUACUUGGCAAAGUAACUGGUGAUAAUUUUUUUUUUUUCUCAAAAAAACAAACAAACAAACAAACAAACAAAAACAGGUCAUACAAUGGGACGUUUUAAGGGUUUUUGGGACAAUUGGCCCUAGCCUAAUUUUUUACCCUUAACUAGACACAGGGGUAUAGCGGAUAUUGCGAUAACUAGAUAGUAACCUUUGCUAUGUGUGGAAGUCAUUUAAUGUUGUGAAUCAACCGUUAAAGUUGUUAAAACUGCUCCUGUUAUUGCAUGAGGUCCCCUCUGUCUACUUUCGACAUGUGUAAGUUUUAAAACUGGUUCAUCAUUUAAAGAUAGAUUGAAGUUAAGUUUUGCCGAUUUAGGAGCAUUUUAGAUAAAAAGUUUCUUAGGUUCGCUAGGAAGGUUCUCUACAACAGAGCCUUCCUGAGAAGUCUACUGCUUUAAGAUGGCGGCUGUUUACUAACUCAUCUAGUUCUUUAUACAUGUUGCUAAUGCCGCCAUGUCUGUCAUUUGCAUCUAGUUCUGUAUAUAUGUGAUAUCUAUCGUAUCAUUAUGUGGACGUAGUUUGUAGGCUAUAGGCUACAGUCAGGUAUUAUUGGAGCCACCUAGCAUAGUAGUAGGAGUGGAAACUUCAGGGCACCUCACGAUACGAUAUGAUUCGCGAUACAAGGCUCACGAUAACGAUUAUCUCACGAUAUCACAAAACAGCAAUUAUCGGUAUAUUGCUCAGAAAUUUGAUACAUGAUAUUCUACGAUAUUACUCUUGAAAUGAAAAAAAAAAAAAGAUAUUUCAAAAAAGAAAAAGUACUGUUUAAGUCAUUUAUCAAACAGUGACACCUUUUCUGUGCCACAUUGCUGUAAAAUAUGAAUCUACUGCAAAUUGUGUACCUGCACAUAUAGAGGAAACAAACCACAACCACUGAUAUCUCUUGGAGAGAUCAUGAUGAAUGGCACCCUUACUUUUUUUAGUUUUAAAUCCUUUUAAAAAAAAAAAAAAAAAAAAAACAGUGCUGUAGGUGUCAGUCAGCAGUUGAGCUUGGAGUGGGGCAAUGAUAAAAUUAGUGGGUCUUUUUUUCGUAUAUGACCUUUGUUACCAAAAGCAUUGGUUUGAGCACUUCCACCAUCUGCUUCAGCAUUUGAGAUGUCGGACUCAGUCACAAUUUUCCUCACCUUAAAAACAACAAAAUACAACAAAAAAUAUUAGUUACUUAAUAGCUGUUGAGUUGAAAUCCUGAUUUUUUGUGUUGGAAGUAUUGAGUGAAUUAAAAAUUUUUAAUUGAAUGUAUAGAAAUAAAAAAUGCAAUAAUUACCUAUUUUUAAUACGUAGGCUACAUUAAUUGUUAUGCACAUCACCUUACAUAUCUUGGAAGCUUGUCAAACCAUUUUUAUAGCUUAUUGCAUCAAAAUGGCAGUAAUAACAGUUUGUGUAGUAAACUAGAUGGAAAGUGGUUCUCAAAUAAUAUCAAAUAAAUCAGUAAGUUCAUGUAGGCUUGUUCGGUAUUCAUUUUCAUCCAGUUUAGGGUCCUGGUUUAUUUUAUAUCACUCAACACCAAAUGUCAUCAAAAUAAUACAUGUAAAAUAAAAAAUAAAUUACAUUGCAAAACUUUCUUACCUCGAGUGAUGAAAGUGAAGCAGUGAAGACAUCCGUGUCCACUUCGUCACCAGCUGGCAGUGAACCUUAUUUUUGUUAGACAAUUCUUGCAUACAGCAAAGUCCUUGUUCACCUUACUUCCUUUCUUGUUGGUGUAAAAUCUCAAGUGUGUCCACAUGUGUGAUUUGUAGCAAUAUUUUUGUCACUUUUUCCUCCACCGUUUCCACGAAGCUUUUUUAUUUUUUUCAACCCACUUGGAGCUUCCUCUCUUCUUCUCUCAAAGGAUUGUGGGCACUUUACCUUCACAGCGACUCAUGAGCGCCCCUAGUGGACCGUCAAGGAAUUAAUCAACAAACACUGAUCAGUUUACAGCAUCCAAUGGACCAACCGAUCGGGUUGCAAAAUAUCGCGAUAUAUCCAGAGGCGUAGCAAGGGUUCCCGGGGGCCCCAGGCAACAAGCAACAUGGGGCCCUUCGAGCGUGUGCAAGUAAGUGGGACAGUUGGACUUGGAGCAAUAGAAGAAAGAGUUGCAACACAAAAAUACCACCAUCGGAUGCGGAGGUAUAUACCUUUGUGUGAAAUCAGUAAUCAGAUUGGCCCUACAACCCACAAUAUUCAAAUUAUUCCGUAAAAACCACUGAUUGAUGGACUACUGACCGAAAUGAGUAUAAAAUUUGUUAAUAAAAUUGUUUAGGAUUAUUUUAGAUGCAUAUAUGUUAUAUUUUUCUUCUAGAGUAUUCGACGAGGAAUACAAUAGACCCAUUAAUACACUUUUUUUGGAAAAAUCAUUUCUUUAAGUAGUCACAUGAAUAAUGAGGUGGCCUGUGAAAAUCAAUGUGGAACAACUCGACAAAGACUUUCCAGAGAGUGCUUGGUGAGUCACUCUUUAAACAAUCAUGUGGUAUUAAUAGCUGAUUGGACUUUCUUAAACAUGUAUAAUCUAUGUGACAUGGUUAGCGCUGAUUGGGAUUGAUAACAGAAUCGUUAGAAAAAUCUGCCAAAUGAUUCCAUGGUAUGAAACACCCUCUACACUUGUCGCUGCGACAGUGCAGUUAAGCUGCGCGUGCUAAAACUGUUGGCCCUCUGGGGGCCCCUGCUGGCUGGGGGCCCUAGGCAGUUGCCUGGUUUGCCUAAUGGGCCGCUACGCCUCUGGAUAUAUCGCUGUAUCGAGAUAUUGUCACACUCUUACAUAGAAGCAUCGUGUUUGCAAAGGCGUCACACUCCCUUGCCUCUUCCCCACUCCUGCUCUGCUCUCUCGUCUCCGUGAGUCCGUCUUUACUCGCGUCAGUCAACCAACAUAGUAAUGCACACCUUUCCCGCCUCGGUAACGGCGUUGCCACGAUGAGAAAAUUAAUUGGAUUACUACUACUGAAGAAAAUAACGCCGUUAGCAACGGCGUUAUAUUCUACCGCCGUUAUUAACAACACUGCUCAUGAGUCAACUGGGAAUCAACUUUUUAGGACUACAACUUUUUUCGGCUUGUUUCUAGCUACCCAAACUUCAUCUUCCAUGCCAACGAGACUUCUUAGCGUGUACGCAGGGAUAAGCAUCACUCUCGAUCACAUUUUGUGAUUCGCCUCGCCUGGGCAUCGAGAGCUGGUCCCCAGAAGAAGUAUCCCUCAGCCACGUUUUCGGUCCCUCUUCCGUGGCAGCAGGGUUUGAUGGGAGGUGUCAUAAAACAGAUAAUGUCCACGCCGGUGAAUUUCCUUUAACAGCAAGACUUUAUUCGACUUUGGUUAUCAACACUGUUUUUUGUCAUCUCCCCCUUGCCUUUGCACAAUAACUCACCAGCAUAGCAACAGACAUAACAAUGGAUUGCGCUGUCGUAAUUCUCUUACAGGAAUGCUAGCACUUUACAUAUAUUCGUAACAUACUGUAUGUGGCAGGAGGAAGUACAUGAAAUGUACCCGUUACCUCCCUCGACACACUGCUGUGAAGUGAGCCGCAUUUUCUAUUCGUGGUCAAGCCAGUCGCACUGUCUUUUCAGAUAUGUUUCCCUUUCAAGUUUUAUCAUACAAAGACAACGCAUGUGGAUUCCGUAAGCUUUAUAAUAGAAAAUCAUGACACUCACGUCAUGUGGAAGUGUAGUCCCGUGGUCUGCGCGUUUGCCUGUCACAUGGGCAACGAAGGUUUGAAUCUCGCUGGAGACCUUUAUUUACUAUUCCUGACUAAUAAAAACACUAGUGUGCAGUUAAGCUUACAUUUCAUAUAAUUGUGUGACAUAUUGUAUUGUAUACUGAUUGUAUUCAAUUUGUGAUCAUAGUAAUAGUAAUACUGCUCCAACUUGCUGGCCAAGUUUUGUCAGGGCUCCUUGAUUGCAGGCUUGAGACCAGACGAGUGGAACGGUGACAGCUGCGAGCCAUAACAAUCAGCCGCCUUUAAAAACCAGCUCGUCGGUGCCGCUCGUCGCCAGACCAACACUUUCAACUUUCUCGAUUCCCCGUGCCUGCUCCCAGAAUUGUACCGACGCCUGAUUGACUUCCC